UUGGCCGUCACCUACAUGUUGAUUGAGCAGGGAGCCGACGUCGAUUCGCAGGAUAACUACGGCCAGACGCCGCUACGGUGGGCAACCCAGAAUGGCCAUGCGAGGAUUGUCCAGCGGCUUCUCGGGGACGGAGCCAACAUGGAAAUAGAAGGGCAGAUGGACGGCUGCACGCCCCUUUUGGCUGCGAUUCACCUGGGAAGAGAAGAGAUUUUCCAGCUGCUCCUAGAUAAGGGGGCCAAUAUAGAAGCGACAGAAAGAGGCGGUCUGACGCCGCUGCUCGUCGCUGCCAGCGAGGGCCGUGAGGCCAUGGUCGCGGCUCUACUUGCCAAGGGAGCCGCCAUUGAUGUGAAAGCCGGUGGCGGUUCGACGGCGCUGGCUUUGGCAUCUGCUAGAGGGCACGUCAGCAUCAUGAGGCUGCUGCUCGACAACGGAGCCACGAUCGAUGCCGAGGAUGCAGACGGCGUUACGCCACUGCAUCGGGCGAUUAUGGAGAAGGGCAAUGACGCCGCCGUGGAGUUGCUGCUCGCAAGGGGAGCCAAC